AGGCGCUCGCGCCCCACGAGGGGCCUUGCUCCUCCCCGCCGCUGCCCCCUCCGACGCCAACCCUGCGCAUGGUCGGCGACGGCAAGGGGGCAGUGACGGAGGGUGGGCCCUCAGGGGCCUCGCGCAGCAUCAAGCUGUACGAAAAGGUGGAGCAGGUUGGGGAGGGGACGUACGGCCAGGUGUACAAGGCGCGCUCGCGCGAGUCGGGUGAGAUUGUGGCGCUCAAGCGGGUGCGGAUGGACAACGAGAAGGAGGGCUUCCCGAUCACGGCCAUCCGCGAGAUCAAGAUCCUCAAGGUGCUCAACCACAAGAACAUCGUCCGCCUGCACGAGAUCGUGACCUCCGACGCGUCAGACUACAACCACGGCAAGGGCUCCAUCUACAUGGUGAUGGAGUACUGCGACCACGACCUGACCGGGCUGUCCGACUCGGGGCACCGCUUCUCGCCGGGGCAGAUCAAGUGCUACAUGAAGCAGCUCCUCGAGGGCAUCUGCUACUGCCACAAGAAUCACGUCCUCCACCGAGACAUCAAGGCGCGGGCCGCCCCGUUUCUGGCAACCGUUGCCCUUUGGCCCCGGCUGCAGGGCUCGAACCUUUUCAUAAACGAGUGGGGACAGCUCAAGCUCGCCGACUUUGGGCUCGCGCGCCCCUUUGACGCCCAAUCAAAGGGGUACCCCAACCGGGGUCCCGCCAUCGACCUUGGGUCCGCUGGCUGCAUCCUCGCCGAGCUUUUCCUCCGCAAGCCCAUCCUGCCCGGCCGCAAAGAGUUUGAGCAGCUGGACCUUGUUUUCAAGCUGCUCGGCACCCCGACGGAGCAGUCGUGGCCCGGCGUCUCCAAGCUCGCCUAUUUGGACAUGAUGACCAAGCAGAACGGGGGGCGGGGGCGGCCGGCACUACAUGUCGCGCUUUGACGACAAGUUCGCCGCGCUCGAGCCGAUGGGCAAGGAUUUGCUCCGCAAGCUCCUCGCGAUGGACCCGUCCAGGCGCAUCACCGCCAAGGAGGCGCUCGACCACGACUACUUUUGGACACCCCCCCUGCCGACGAAGCCUGAAGACCUACCAAAGUACCCGGCCUGUCACGAGUUCACGGCCAAGAAACGGCGCCAGCAGGCCGCACAGAAUGUGCCGCCCGCCGCCGCCACGCAGCAGCAGCCCCAAGGGGCGACAACCCACUGGGCCGGCGCUCACCAGCGCCCCCAGCACGCGCCCUCGCAGCAACAGUACGGGGGCCACUACCAGCAGUAUGGCCAUGCUGCGCCGCAGUAUGGCCAGCCAUCGCAGCAGCAGUACGGACACCCGUCCCACGGCCCACCCUCCUUCGCCCCCGGCUACGCUGGGGCCGGCUACCACGGCGGAGGAGGAGUCAAGCGCGGACGGGAGCCGUACGACCCAACAAACCCGAGGGGGCCGCAAGGCGCGCUUUCCCUGCCCGUGAGCCGCGGCGGCCCGCCACAGCACGCGGGUCGCCCCGCAGGCUACGCCAACGGCUACGGCCGCUGAGCGCUCGCCGAGCGCCUGCUGAGGUGUGCCCGCCAGCGAGGGAGGCGGGAGGCGGCCGACGAGCAGGAGAUCGUGGCCGCGAGAUCGUGGCCGCGAGCAGGAGACCGCCUUGCAGCACAGCAUGCACAGAGAAAAUCCAAAAACAAUGGGAUGGCUGGGCUUCAUCUACGCGAGGCGUGGAUUGCGCCACGGCGCGGCUCUGAACUGUGUCUGGUCCUCGUGAGCGCCGACAGCCGGUGCUGUCGGCGCUUCUUGCUUUCGCGAUCGUGCAGUGGCAGCGACACUGUGCGAGCUUUCUGUCCGUAGUAGAGCACAUAUUCUAUAGGAGGAGAUGUGGAGAGUCUUGGGUAUUGUUACACUCACGUGAUACAAUGUUUACAUUCAUC